AUGCCUUGCCGAUGGUCCUCCCGACGCUGCUCCUCGCGGGACGCAGCUGACGAGAACGCUGUCACCAAUGCCCUCCCUUCUCCCACCUCUACACCUGACGUGGAGGACUGGAAGAAGAUUCGCAGGUUCAAUCUUCGCAUGAUGAGGAAGCAGAUUCGCUGCGUCGUCCUGCUCAUGGCUUUGGUGGAAGCCCUCCGGGUCGGACCAUUGCAGAUCGUGUAUGCGGGCAAGCAUGAAUACCCGGCUCCCGGAGAGGACGACUACGGUAUUGCCUACACAGUCGGAUACAUUCUCAGCUGGUUGUAUGUCUGUGUGUUCAUGGUCAUUUGGAUGCCGCUUUUCGAUUGGUGGGUUCCCAAAACGCUGCCCGGCUCUGAUGACCCGUCCAAACCCUCGACCGCGAUGAAGGUUAUCUGCCUGCUUAAGAAGGUCAACAUGAUACUCCUUCCCAUUUCCAUCGGCGUCUCCGUCGUCACCUACCUCUACUAUGCGAUGCAUACCUUUAUCUUCGUCGACUCUCGCACCCGCGGUUCCAGCAAAUUCCCAAAGAACACUCGCAAGAACUGGCUCGUCCGUGCUUUCAUGCUCCUCGGUAUUGCCAUUACCACGAGCUUGGGAUAUGGUGCCUUCCAGACCCUUGACAACUUGGAUCUUGCGCACGUCAAGAAGAUUGAAUACGCUUUGAUCGUGGUGCCGGUGCAGAUCAACUUUGGCAUCCUUUUGGGAACGAUCAUGCAGUUCCGCAUGGAAAAGAGACUUGCCCGCCGCCAGGCAUUGAAGUUGCGGGCUGAGAGGAUCGAGGACGGCGUGGUCGAGGAAAAGGCCGCCCUUCUCGACGUCUAA